AAAAGUCAGCGGUGGUGCUCAGACCGUGUCUCUCUGAGCUCCCAGAAAAACUGUUUAAAGUUUUGUCAGUGCCGAGUAAACUCAUGAAAGAAACCCGGCGACGGAUAGCUUCAAAGCUGGACUUGUGUUGUUGUUUAGUUUUUUUACUAUAAUUGUGCUUUUUAGAGACUUUAAACUGCUUGGUUUGUAACGCGAAGUCGCCGCCGGGAUUUCCUCUCAUCUCGAAGUUCCCAAGAUGAAGUUAGAACCGGUGGUCGGGAAACUUUAUGUGUGUGUGGCAGCGCUCCUCGUCGGGCUGGUUUGUCACGCAGCAGAACCUCCAGCCGCUCAGUGGUCCGGCGAUGAUUACAAAAACCUCACCCUCCGACGGCACAGAACAUGUGUGGAGAACGAGCAGUACCUCCAGCAGGGACUCUGCUGCCUCAACUGCCAGGCUGGAACCUUUGUGCAGAAGGUGUGUGAAAGAGAGCAGGAGCAGGGAACGUGUGUGUCCUGUGAGCACGGACAGACGUACACGGAGCACUCCAACGGGAUGAACCGCUGCCUGCCCUGCACCCACUGCCGCUCAGAUGAGAUUGUAACGGCCUCCUGCAGCACCACCACAGACACCCGCUGCCAGUGUAAAUCCGGAACCUUCUGUGUGCCCGAUCAGGCCUGCGAAGUCUGCAAACGUUGUGCCAGGUGUAAACCUGGGGAGGAGGAGGUGAAGAAGUGCACCCCGUUUUCUAACACAGAGUGCCGAAAACGGGAUCCGUCCCCUACUGAAAAAACUCCAGCCCCCCCUUCACCAACACCCGCUUCUUCAGCAGACAUUGUUACUCCUGUGUGCAUUUCCCUGGCCAUCCUCUUCAUCAUUAUGGCACUGGCUGUGUGGUGGCUCAAGAGGCGUUCCUGUGAAACACCAUGUUUAAAGAGCCACUGUGAUUCCAGUGAAAUAGUGAAGAUUCCUAUUGACGAGAGUGGAGCCACGGCGGAGGAGAGACAGAACGAUCAGAACGCCGGUCUGGAGGGGGAGGAGCCCCGCCCCGAGUCGCGGCCCCUGCUGCAGGAGACCCAGGCCGGGAUGACCAAAGCCUCCCCUCCCCUGGAGGAUGAGGAUCGGGGGCUGGGAGACAGUUUACCAAACACCACCAGCUCCUCUCAGACCAGCCUGUCAGCCAUGCCCACAGCAGCCUCCUCUGGGAACACCCCCCACCAGACCCCCACUGCCAUCAGGACGCCCCCUGCAGACAUGGAUGAUCCUCUGCAACAACGCUUGGUGCCACUAUUAGGGUCGGAGAAAUCCCUGAAGAAGAGCUUUGAUUUGUUCGACGAGUACCUGGAUGUGCGGAUUCAUAACAAGUUCUUCAGAAUGAUCGGAGUCAGCGACAACCACAUUCGGAUUUCGGAGAACGGAGCCCCCGUGGACAAAGUGUAUGAACUGCUGAAGAACUGGAUGCAGAGGCAGGGACUAAAGGCGGACAUCAACGACCUGCUGGAGGCUCUGCUGAGCAUGGACCAGCGGCGCUCCGCUGAGAGCAUCGCCUCCGCCGCCCUGAGGAGGGGCUACUACAGACACGCAGAUACCCCCUGAGCCUGAGGGGCCGGGCUCUGCAGAUGAAGUAAACACAAAGUACUUAAUCCAAGAAAAACUAAAAAAGCACAUAGACCUUGUCACUGGACAUUGUGUCUCACGAACAGGCUUACCUCUUUGUGGCUGACCGGCCAUGUAUUCAGAAGCCAGUAGUUUUUAAAAAGAAAAACACAAAACGGGGAAGGUCGGGCCGUAUUUAUCAGAGCUCUGAAGAUGUUGACUACUUGCCAAAUGCGGAGGUGUGAUAACGAAAAAUGAAGAAUAUGUGUUGUGGUCAAAUUAAACAAAAGAGCAGACUAACAUGAAGGUGUCAGCUUCCACAGGCAGAAAUUGGCUGCAUGUUUUAGGCUCUAAUGAAGCAACAUGCGUAAAAAAACUGAACGCUCAUACGUUUCUGGGCGUGUGUCUCUCAGAUCACCUGGAGACAAGGAUAUACACUGGUUUGUAGCAGUGGCAUUAGCUAUGUCGCUAAUACUGUGCCUCUCUGAUGCACUGACCUCUGGCACAUGUAGGAUUUAAAACUACCAUCAUGCUUUAGUUUUAUAGAUUUAGGGUUAGAUGUUACCAGAUCAUGAUCAUUUUCCUGAGUUAGGAAACUGUUGUUAUGAUGGUCAAUUUGCAGCCUUACUAAUCAUACCUUUUACCUCUUCAGUGCCAUCCGAUAAUCUAAAUGUAUUUAGUUAUCAAGAUUUCAUUCUGUUAAAAGAGCGAAGUGGUUUCAUAGAUUUUAGACAACCGAGUCACGUUGGAGAAAUGUUUUCAAUCUUUACCGUGAGAUCUUUUAUAUGUUCCGUGUUAGCACACACACGACAUCGUAGAAGACAUUUCACAAGCUGUUUCCGUCUGAACAGCUUUCAAUAGUUUAGUUUAGUGUUUCCAUAAUGUCUCCAUGUAACUUGGAGAACUUCAAAGGUCAUUUUAUUUAUUGACAUAUUUAUUCUUAUGAAUAAUAAUUACAUUUCAUUAUUUAUACCAUUGUAAAAAACAAACAACCUUGGAGCAUGCACUGCGUCCGUGUUGUGAUAAUGUUUUAACUUCAGGGUAAAAUGACUGACAUCAAACAUGUUCAAGUUGUGUUUUAAACUUGUUUUGUUUAGUUAAAGUGUGUUUCUGCUUUACCGUGUUCAGGGUAAAUACUCUGGUGCACACUGUCAAUGUUACAUGUGCAUUUCUUCACAAGACACCACGUUCAGCAGUGUGGAAGCUUUCAUGAUGCUUAAUGCACAACGUGUCAUUUCAAAUUAGAGUUGAGUUGCUAUCUUUGAAUACGAUGAUUGACCUGUUGAGUCGUAAUCCGGCUGAACAAAUAGUCCCUCUGUAAAUGUCUGCGGUGACACAUGGUGGUUUAGUCUUGGUUAGAGUCACACUAAAUGAAGGAAAGUUCCUCUGGAUUUAAAAAGCUCAAAUGCAUUUUCCUUAUUCUGUCACUUGUACAUACAAAUGCCCAGAGAGCAUUGAAGCCUCACAAAGUGUAUAUGUGUAUAUAUUCAGCUUCAUUAACAAACCAAAAUGAAUAUAGAACACCAGCAGAGUAGUUGGCUGUUGAAAUGGUGACAUUUUAAAGUAGAUUUUGCCCGGUUUUCUGCAGUCUCUCAUGUAUAAAGGAAAAAGUUACAGAGUUAUAUAUUAUUUCUGAAGAAUGAUGCUACAGUGCUGGCACUGCCAUCUAUUGACAGACAAUGAAAAUACAGCCAGCAUCAAUUUCUAGGGAUCCUACAGUACACACCCUCUGACUUCUCCCACAGUUCUCUUUUCAAAUUCCUCUCAGCCUUCCUGAAGGAGCGUAGCAGUGGAUAGGCUUCAGUGCGUCUUCUGUUCUCUCUGUGGCACUUCAUGUCUUUCUUUCUUUGAAAUAAUUUCUGUGAUUUGAAUUUAACAUAUUCCAUUGCUAAGUCCUAAGCUGUUCAAUUAACUUCCUUUGACUUGUGUAAAAACAUUCUGUCCAACGUUGCCAUUAAGAUUUCUCCCUUAGUUAUUGUUUGCUUGUCAUGAAUUUCAGAUAUAAAUUAUGCAAAUACAUCAAAGCUGUUUUUAUGUCAAUUUCAAAUAAAUGUUUUGUACAGAU